AUGGCUUCUCCAAUCGAUCCCGACUUGACCCUCGCUGUUUCUUCUCGUACUACUCCUCCCCCCGCUGCCCCCAAUGACACCAAGUACCGGAGGGAGUACAGAUAUCUCUAUGUCCGUGACGUCCGAGCCAAUUUUGAAACUGCUAGAGCCAACUAUGAAAUGUCCAAGGCAGCUGUCUCGACUGCCAGGGCCAACUACGAGGCUGCCAAAACUCUUAUCAACGCGGUCGAAAAGACUAGUGCGACUUCCAAGCGUGAUUCAGCUAAGAUACGGGAAUUGUUUGCCAAGCGUGAUGCGGCUACCAAGCGCAAUGCGGAGGCCAGCCCUAAUGAUGCAGAGGAAGAGAAGACUCAGAAGAAGAACAAGAGUGAAGAGUCCCCCGAAUAG